CUGUCGGACUCACGCCGCCUUUGCCCGAGCCCGGCGUCUGAAGAGGUCUCCACAAGCCCGCGGCGCUGCCAUGGUAACGGGGGCAAAGCCCCCGAGCCCCGCCCACCCUCUGCGAGCUGUGCAGGGGGAAGUCUUGUGUGGCGUCACGCCUUGCCGCGAGGUGUGUGCGCUCCGGGCCACGGCCGGCGGGUGGAGAAACCCCAUGAACGCGGCUCUUUCUGCCCGACAACUUUCAUGCGACCCUAAUUCCUAAAUCCCAACGCCACAAUGAUCCCCGAGAAAGGCUUCCGCGGCUGCCGUGGUCGGACAUGGGGUACGGGAGCGGGGUGCGGCGUCACGUAGAAACUCUGUGUAUUUUUCUCCAGUUAAAGAGAAACUGGAAGCUUUCCUACUAGCAGGGGCUAGGCAUGAUGUUGGCAUUCCUCAGGCCCCCCAAGAGUCUCUUUUGUUGUUCUAAAGGCAUAGAAUAAAUUUGUGGAGUCUUGGUUCCAGUUCCCUGCCACCAGCCUUGUACAUUUCAGCAGGUAUGCCAUGCCCAGUGGCCUUCUUGUUCUUGGUUUCCUUGAUGGUGGAACAUCAAGACCAUUAAAAAGAAAAGAGGAUCAUUAACACCUGUGAAGUAGUGUUUAGAAGGGAUCAGGAAUGAGCCCUGAAAUCAGUUGAGUUCCUCAGCACUGCCUGGCUAUAGAUGCUGCUGACAUUGCCAGGCAGUUGGUUUUAUAUUUUGGGUGGACCAGAAAUCAAAGCAGGAUGGAUACAAGCACCCCAGUCCCUAACCUGCUCCCCCUGAUCCACCCCUGUCUUCUGGACAAAUAAGGUUUAGAAAUCUAACUGUGCCAGAGACAGCUGUUUUGCAUCAGUGGUCAGAUGGAAAAGUUUCAGUUCCCACCUGCAAUCUGAGACUCCUGAGGUGGUCUGGUUAGCUAGGUGAAUUUGACUAACAGUUUAACCAGAAGCAUUAAGAUAACCACAUGUUCGGUCUCCAAAAAGAUUUCCAUUUUCUGAUUUUGACUGCAUCUUGCAAGACCUGAUUUCUGUCCUAGUGCUUUAGGAAACAAUGUCAUUUUUCAAAGUACUGCCAUGCAUAGCAACAUAAAUUAUUUAUUGGUAAAUCUGCUUCCCCUAAUAGUCAAAAAUACAAGGAUUAGUAAAACACAGUAAGAAGACUUUGGUUCCUGUAACCUAAUUUGACACCAAAUUGAAGAGAUGGCAUGAAUGCAGGAAGAAUGAAAAACCCCUUUUUUGUGGGCAAAUCUGGAGGAUGUAACCCUGUUUUCUGUAAUCAAAACCUUGGAUUUUUUAGUGAUGAUAACAGUUACUGUUUUGAUAGAAAUGUGCUGCUACGCACAAACCACUUCAAAGCGUUCAAUGUACAAAAUGUCACAACCCAAAGUUGUGAUUUUUUGUUUGUGUGCGCGCUUCAGCACCGCUAAAUUAUUUCCCGCCAAUUUGUCGCUUUCUUUGCACGGUAGAGUUCUCUGCUGCUAGACAGAACUCUGGUGCAACGGGGGAUUUCCCGCCAAAUUACAGCUUCUUUGCAGUGUGCAUCUCUUUUGCAUUGUAGUGAUACACGCUGUAAAGAAGUUCCCGCCAUUUGUAUUAGGAUUCACGCCAUGUUAUUGGUCCAUUCCUAAUGUAGGCACACGUGGAGGCUAGCGAUUGGCUUGCUAGCCGUACAAAAGGCUUGUGUGGUUUGCGCCCAAGUUGGAGGACUCCACGAACACCAGAGGAGGGAGGACGAGAGAGAUUCUGUGUGAAGAUCUGCAAGCGCUGUGGACCCUCGUGGACCCGACGCGCCUCCCCUAAGCAGGCAAUAGAGGCAAUAGAACUGAGCCUACGGAGCUUUCGCUUCUCGCCUUUCCCCGUCGCCGAGCGCAAUCCUAGACGUAUCCCUUUCCUGUAACUUCGGACCCGCGGAGCCUAAGUAACUCCGGGGAAACUUUUCGAACCCAACUUAACUGGACCCGCGGAGCCUAGCAAACUCCGUGGGAGCAAUCGAUUUGUCAGAGUCCUCCAAUGAGGAUUCAAGCGGGAGCUGUGCCUGGAAACCUGUCCAGCCUACACCGAUGCCAUCUUUGGGUGACUUGCUGGACUGCAGCGACAUGUUUUUGGAAAGUCUGGAAAACUCAGUGCACAUGCAUUUUCUGAUGAAGAGUUUCCCCAAAGAACUGAUUGUCAACUACAACUUGAGCAGAAGAGGACAAUCAGAAAGAGAAUCUUGGGGGACUUUCACUCACAGUCACCACAGCCCCGUAAAUGUCACAAUUAAUGGAAUUCCCUGCAUUCUUUUCUGGGCCAAAAGGAUAAUGAUUAAAUUUAAAAAUCACACUCAGCUGGACCUGACUGAGAAGACUUUUGGUGUUCAUGCGACAGUGGAUGUUGGGGAUUCUAACUGCAGUGAAGACAGUGCAAUGCUUUCACUCAAGUUUGGUGACAUUGAUAAUCUGAAAGAUCUUGUUAUUAGAUUCUUAUUGACAAGCAGUUAUUACAAGCUGUCUGUUCAGAACUGGUUUAGUUUACAUAGAGUACAGCUUCUUUACAAUCAUUCUAUACAAGCAACGUUUAAUGCAACCCAAAUAUAUGCUCCAGCAAGUUAUUCCUAUCAUUGUGAACAUGUGAGUAGCUUGCAGAGAUAUGAUGCACUCCUGAUGCCCAGCUCUGCAAAUGAUGUAUCCAGGCUUUGGGAAGUCACUUUUAUCGAUUUCCAGAUUCAAGGCUUCAAUAUUGAAGAAGGACAUUUUGCUUAUGCCAAGGAUUGUGCAUCCUUUUUCUCACCAGCAAUUCUUAUGGGGUUGGUUAUGUCAUUAAUUCUGCUUCUGGUCCUGGCUUAUGCUCUCCAUAUGUUGAUCCACUUAAAGUCUCUUGACAGGCACUAUGAAUGCAAAGCCUCUCCUGCCUAUUUUGGACAAAUGAAAGACAGUGACAUGGCAGAUGAAAAAGAACCACUGAGAAACAAUGGAAAUGAAUCCUAUGAACUUAGAAACCAAGAGUUCUGUAAAAUCUAUAUUUAGCAGUGUUUGACUGCCUCCUUCACAUGGUCACUCUUUUUCUGUAUUUUUUUCUGUCCUGUUUAGCUUAUGCAUUAGCUAAACAUUUCCAUCAAAUGACUUAAUUCAAUCAUUAUAUAUACGUUAUGUAACAGA